CCUUCAAAUAGGCGACUGCCUUGGUCAGGGUUGCUCAUUUUGGAACAGACUGAGAGAAAGCAGAGUGAAAAUGAAGAAGUUUCUUGUGUUUGUCUCCUUUUUGGUCCUGCUGACCACUGUUACAGACACUUCACCAAUUUUGUCUGAAAAAGAUGCCAAACAGAUGCUGAGGACUCGUCGUGAAGACAGACCAAGAAAAGCUGGUUUCCCUGAUGAACCCAUGAGGGAGUAUAUGCUUUACCUCCAGCGCUUGGAGCAGAGAUCAGAAGAGCAAUUCCUUGAGCACUGGCUGAAUCCUCACUGCCUGCCACACUGCAACAGGGAUCUGGUGCACCCAGUCUAAUGGGUUUGCCUGCCCUGCAACUGAUCUCCACAUGGAUUUAUACAUGAUUGUGUUAAGGAAGACAAGAUUGUUCCUGCAUUGGCUACAUGCUCCCUGUAGAGCAGAACCUUUCUGCAGUACAGAGCAAUCCUCAUGGUACAGCAGAUCUUCCAGCUCUAAGUGGCUUGAUGAGUUCUAGACCACCAUGUAUUUUCUACCAGCAAUGAUUGUAUGCAUGAAUAACUCAAUUGAGGGUUUCCACAGCUUAUUAGUCCUAGAGUAUCCUUUCAAAGGCACAGGUUCAGUCUGUCUGAAGCAAAAGGAACUUGGAGGGAGAGGUCAAUAGAAAAUUGCAGAAUGCCAACAUGCAGAAGGCCACCUUUCUGGGCUUUGGAGGAAUCCUUAAUUACAGUUUUCUAGGUUAAAUAACAAUAUUUCAUGAGGACACAACAUUUAUGUAACACUAUUUCCUACUGCCUGAUGAGUGUUUCAUGUAUUGUUUCAUAAUAAAAGCUUGACUUAAUUCCA